CGUGGUGUGCGUGCGUGGGGCCGCGCGGCGCGAGCCGUUUCCUCCAGUGUGUGGCGCCCCCCGGCGGCAGCGGGGCCUCAAUGUGACAGCCAAGUUGAGCGCCUGCCAUGGAGCCACCGAAAGAGGCGCGAACACUCAGCGACCCCGUGGCGCGGCCGCUUGGGGCCGCGAGUUCUCAGACGCCUAACGAGGAGGAGCGGCGGGAGGGAGGCGCAGCGCCGCCGGCGGCAGUCUUGGGCGAAGAGGCGGACGGCGCCGGUGCGGACGGGCUAUGGGAGCUUCUGCUCUUUAGCCGACCUCAGAAAGUGUGUUUGUGUCCAUUUCUACCAGUGUAUCCUCUACAUGUCUCUACCCACUUGUACAUAAUUCAGCAUCCAGCAGAGGAAAACAAAGUGUUGCGGACAGUUCCUUUACUAACAGCAUGCCUACCCCAGGACAAAUGUAAAGUGAAAAUUGGUCGUCGCUUCAGUGAAGAAAGAGAUCCUGAACUUUCAACUGUUUGUCGGAAGUCUGGUACAUUAAUAUUAUAUCCAGGGGAUGAAGCUGCUAAUUUAGAAGAAUUUAUAUUAGAUUCUCCUAUAUAUCCUUCUACAAUCAUCAUCAUUGAUGGUACAUGGAGCCAGGCUAAGGACAUUUUCUAUAAGAAUUCCUUGUUCAGACUGCCCAAACAGGUACAGUUAAAAACUAGCAUUUCUAGUCAGUAUGUAAUUCGAACGCAGCCAACUAAUAGGUGCCUUUCUACACUGGAGUGUGCAGCUGUUGCUCUUUCCAUCUUGGAGAAAAAUAGUGACAUACAAGAGACAUUGCUUCGCCCUCUUCAAGCUUUAUGCUCUUUCCAGCUUCAACAUGGUGCUCAAAUUCGCCACAGCAAGGAACACCUUCUGAAAAAUGGAUUAUAUCCUAAGCCGAUGCCAAAGAACAAACGCAAACUUAGGAAAAUGGAACUCUUAAUGAACAGCGUUAAAAUUUAGUGCACAUGUUCUUAUGGUGCUAUUUAUGGUGUCUUCAGCUGACAAUACCAGGUUAAGUUUUAAUACAAUUUAAAUUUGUGGGUUUUUUGACUGCUAAAAAAAUGAGAGUUGCAUACUAAAGUUGCCCCGAGGAAGGAUAUAAAUCAAAUAGCCAUAAAAACAAACAAAAAACAUUACACUGAAUCAGUAAAAAGCAAGAUUUUAUAAUGUAUUUAUUUUUAAAAUGUGCCUCUAAUAUAUUUUUUCCAAUUCAUAAUUUGAAAUGUGGUUAGCUCUUGAGUCGGUUUAGAAGUUCUUUUUCAUAAAAUGGAAGGAAAUUGUUGUGCCUGAUUGAUUCAGUAUUGUUUCUUUUAAUGUUUUAUAGAUAAUUAGGUGUAGACCUAUAAUAGAGGAUACCUACACCAAUUUGCAAUAGUGUACAUGAACUUUAUAGUUUGAAAUAAGUAACAAAAUAAAAUAAUGAUAAUCA